AUGGAUAUCGGUAAUGUACAAAAUGUUAGACGCGUAAGAAAUUUAAGAAAUGUGCAUUUUAUUAGACAGCGGAAAAUAUAUAAGAUUCGUAAAAAUCCUUACAUCGAACUUACUAAUAAUGAAUUUCGUAAAAAGUAUCGAUUUUCAAAAGCAGAAUGCUUACAAAUCGUAAACGAAAUUCGUGACUUUUUACCUCGAGCAGUUAACAAUCGCGGAAAACCAAUUUCGCCGAGCUUACAAUUGUUGAUUGCACUUCGUUAUUUAGCUAGAGGACAAGUUCAGGACGACAAUGGAGACUUACAUGGUGUUAGUCAACCGACAGUUAGUCGAUGUUUCAGUCAAAUUUGUAGAGCACUAGCAUCAUUAAAAAAUAAUUAUAUUAAGUUUCCAUUGACCAAUGAAGAGUUAGCUACUAAGAAGGCAGAUUUUCGUAGAAAAUUUAAUAUGCCUUCGAUAAUUGGUGCGAUAGAUUGUACACAUAUACGGAUCAAAAAGGUGGCGGGUGACUACGCUCAAUUGUACAUCAAUAGAAAAGGCUUUUAUUCAAUAAAUGUUCAAGUAAUUUGUGAUGCAAAUUGUCAUAUAUUGCAUGUAAUUGCUCGUUGGAGAGGAAGUGCACACGAUUCAAGGAUUUGGAACGAAAGUCUUAUUAAGGAACAAUUUGAAAAUGGAUCAAUAAAUGGUAUCUUACUUGGUGAUAGUGGUUAUGCUUGUACUCCAUAUAUGUUAACACCAAUUCUUAAUCCUCAAAACGACGUGGAGCGGCAAUACAAUUACACACACAUCAGAGCAAGAAACACAAUAGAGAGAUUAUUUGGACAAAUCAAGCAACGUUUUCGCUGUCUAUUGCGAGGAAUGACCAUAAGUCUCGAGAACGCUAAAGUUGCUAUAGUGGCAUUAUCAGUGUUACACAACAUGAAAUUACAUUUUAAAAAACACUUAAAUAUCAAUAAUAUAAAUCCUAACGAUAACAACAAUAGUAGCACAGAGUAG